AUGGCUAAUUCCUCAGAGCUUCCGAGCCAGCCUGCAAGGCUGCCAACCAUACUGGGAGACGUGUCGGGCGAGGUCCGAGAACGGAAGAAGACUCACGUUACGGUCACCAUAGUCGAGCCGCCUCAUCAUGCCAGACAGACUCUGCAGCGGCUCCCAGCACGCAUUCGUGGCAUGCAAAGUCGAUGGCAGACUAUAAAGGAAGAUCUUCCUCCUCAGCUUUCCCGGAAGCACAUUGGUAUGAUAUCCGUCGGGGGUGUGAUCGGGACUGGACUGUUUCUCGGUUCUGGGGAGGCACUCGUGAAUGGGGGGCCUAUUGGCGCUCUGAUUGGCUACAGCAUCAUCGGUUCGGUUGUCUACUGUCUCUUAAUCAUACUCUGCAGGCCGAACGUUGGAGGAGUUGUGGGACUGGCUGAUCUGUAUGUUGAUCCUGCCCUCGGCUUUUCCAUGGGUUGGGCAGCUUGGUACAAUUGGAGCAUAACCCUUCCUGCGGAGGUCUCUGCGGCUGUACUUCUUCUUGGUUAUUGGAUCCCUAAGGACAUCCUAUCUGAUGGAACAUUAUAUGGGCUUACAGGCCUUUUUUUAUCUGUUGCAGUGAUAAUCAAUCUUUUUCCAUCAAGAAUUUAUGGAGAGUUUGAAUUCUGGUUUUCUACCCUCAAGGUGCUCACAAUUGUGAUCAUCAUCAUAGUCAGCCUUGCCUUGGAUUUUGGCAUUGGAACAGGGAAGCCAAUAGGAUUCAAGCUGUGGGAAGAGCCAUUUGCAGAGAGCUAUAUGGGAAUAUCUGGUCCAAAGGGGCAGUUUUUAGGAUUUCUGGCAGUUCUUAUGCAGGCAGGAUUCUCUUUUUUUGGGUCUGAAGUACCAGGCAUUGCUGCAGGAGAGGUGAUUGAUGCAACAAGGAAUGUGCCACGUGCCUUGGGUAGGGUCUGGGUCAGGAUCACACUCUUUUAUAUUGGUGGCAUUAUAUGUGCAGGACUUCUGGUCCACCCUACAAAUCCAGACUUGAUUCAACAAACAUCUACUGGUGCUAAAUCUCCAUUUGUGAUUGCUUUCAAUUCUGCUGGCAUACCUGUUCUGGCACAUAUACUCAAUGCUGCUAUGUUGCUUUCUGCCUGGUCUGCAGCAGCUUCUGAUAUUUAUAUCAGUAGCAGAUUUUUGUUCUUUCUUGCUCACUGUGGGCAUGCACCUCAGUUUUUCAAAUCUCUUCUUAGAUAUCCUCACUUACCACCAAGUGAAUCUGGUGAAAAUACCAAUGAUGGUGAAGAUGAAGCAGAUGAAGAAGAGAUUGAAGAUUUCUAUUCCUGCAUUGAUGUUUCAAUACAUGAUAUCUCUCUAGUUCCAGACCAGCCAAUUUCUCUGCCAGAUUCUUCAAGUACAAGGGCAGCUGAUGAGAUUACUGUUACAAGGCAAGAAUUGACUUAUGUAUUGCCACUUGCUAGUGUAUUGGCAUCAGCAUCACUUGGCUUGCUUGCCAUGCUAGCUGGAAGCAAUAGUGCUGAUGAGGCAUUUACAUGGCUAGUAUCUGUUGCAAGUGUAGCCUCACUGCAGUCUUGGGCUGCAAUGCUGUUCAUAUACAUAAGAUGGCAUCAUGGCACUAUAUAUGCUGAGGAGAAAAACAAGCAGCUCAAUGAGCCAAGUGCUGAACUAAUAGAACAGCUUAAAAUUAUUCAAAACCAUAGGCAUGCUGGACAGCCAUAUCUUGCAUGGUAUGCAUUUAUAAUCUGCCUGAUUAUUUUGCUUGUCAAUGGAUGGGAUGUCUUUAUCCAUAAUGAUUGGCAAAUUGCUGAAACUGAUGCAACUCCUGCACUAUGUUCAACUCCAUCCUGUAGAAACACUACACCUGUUUCUACAUUCUUAGCUUCUUAUGUGCCAUUACUAGGGGGUCUCGUUCCGCCCAAAAUUGCGACGCCGUCAAUUCUGUCUUCCGGCUCUGGAGCAGGAUUAGGCCCGCUGGUCAACUUCUACUCAAAGUUGCCCAAAGGCCCCGCCCCUGCGUCUGCUGUGGGUGGACUCAAGGCCAGGUUCUUCAACGGAAAGAACGCAUCGGCCGCGCCUCUGCUUUUCACCAUCUUGUCAAUUUUCGGCCUCGGGUACACCAUUGACUACCAGAUGCACCUGAAGAACCACAAGAACCACCCCCACUAA